AAUUGUACUGAAAUAAAAAUGGAAACCUACUUCUUGGUUCUAAAAUGAAUGAAGUUCUUAGCUUCACUUAUAAGCUUUUAGGUUUUUUCUGUUGCAUGUUGAUUUGAUUUCCCGUUGCAAAAUAAAGUACAGAAACCACUCAGGCAGUUAUACUCCCAACAGAUUGAAAGCUUUCUUUCUCAGUUUCUCCUACGACUAGGCCCGCCUGAAAUAUCAUUUUACAUUUUUACCGACGAUCAAAUACCAGUCGUUCUGUGUGCAAAAGUUUGGAAAUGCGUUCCGAUUAAUCCUGACGCUGUCGAGGCGGUGAAAGCUGCGGAGAUGUGGGCCUUGGUGAUGGUGUUUGUUCUCGGGGCACUCACGGUUGUUGGGGCGGAAGCCGUCGGACUCGUUAUCUUGAUUCGAUGGUUGAAUCGGAGGGUAGCUCAUGAAGUUGCAAGAUCCAGGAUCCCAAGAAAUCUGUCAAGCCGUGGGAAUGUCGAUCCUUCUCUAUACAACAAGCAGGGCUUUGUGUGGGUUCUAGAUGCAGAAAACAUCCCAAGAGCUUCUCCUAUGGAGAAAGCUUUGAGACAACAAAAGGUCAAAAAAGAGAUCUUGGAGGUUACACCUGUAAAGAAACAUGCAAAAUUGAACCAACAUUCUCUCGUUUUAGCAGAAUCAGAUGCUUCCUACACAGAAAUUGAACUUAAGGGUUGUACAAUAGCAGCUGUAUCUGCAACAGAUUUGUCCUCAAGAAAAUGGGCUAAAAGGUACCCAAUAAAAGUAGAAAGCAAAUCAUCAGCUAUAUACAAAGGAAGUAAAACGAUAUAUUUGUAUAAUGAAACAUCUUGGGAAAAGGAAUCCUGGUGUAAAGCUCUAUAUCUUGCUUCAUGUGAGGAUGCAGAGAAGCUGAAGUGGUUCAUCAAAUUGAACAUAGAGUUCCAAAACUAUGUGAUGUCAUUAAAUGCUGUGUAUCCUUCUUCAUUUAUGAAAUCAUUUCCACGUAUGAGUAUUGAGCGUAUCGAUAAUAAGUCAAACAAGCCUGAUGUCUCUUCAUCAAAGGUUCGGAAUUUUCUGAGGAAACUUUCCAAGAAAACUUCUAAGAGUGGCGUAGAAAAUAAGCCAAACUUGCUCCUAAACUCAAGCCGUGAUGUUCCAACUGAAAAAUCUAUUGAUUGUUCGACCGAGGAAGUAACGGCCUCUUCAUCUCUAGAAACUUUAACUGGGCCAGGGGGCAGAAAUCACUUGGCUGUAAUUUCUAAUGCAGAUUCUUCAGAUGAUAGAGCUUCAAGUGGUGGAACUGCGUGUUGGAACUUGUUAAUAUCUAGGCUAUUCUUUGAUGCUAAACAGAAUGCAGAGAUAAGAACUUCCUUACAAGCUCGGAUUCAGAGAACACUAUCAAACAUGCGAAUCCCCACGUACAUUGGCGAAGUAAUAUGCACUGCUGUUGAUCUUGGUAAUCUACCACCAUAUUUUCAUGCAAUGAGGGCCCUUCCUUCCAGCACGAAUGAAGAUUGGGUGAUGGAAAUUGACAUUGAGUAUUCUGGUGGUGCAAUAUUUGAAAUUGAAACAAGGCUUGAAGUUCAAGAUCUUGAAUUAGAGGAAGGAGGCCCAGGCCUAGAAUCAAGUUCUGUGGAUGAGGUAAAAGCUGAUUUGUUAGAGGGAAUUGAACAGUACAGAGAAAACUUGAAAUAUUCUGAGGAGACAGCUGAUGAUGAUGAUCAUAGAGAUGAAGGAGAUCUUAGAGCAGAUUCUAUAAAACACUCCAGAAACACGACCGGUGCAGCAUCUCAAAAUUCUAGAUGGAAGUCUAUUGUGCAAUCGAUUGCCAAACAGGUCUCACAGGUUCCACUUUCAUUGGGGGUAAGGGUUGCAUCACUCCGAGGAUUGUUGCGCAUAUUCAUAAAGCCACCACCUUCAGAUCAAAUGUGGUUUGGCUUCACUUCUAUGCCAGACCUUGAUUUUCAGAUGGAGCCUUUUAUUGGAGAGCAUAGAAUUGCAAGUGGACGUCUAGCCUUAUUCCUAAUCAGUCGGUUUAAGGUAGCCAUUCGUGACACAUUGGUUCUUCCCAACUGUGAAAGUAUAUGCCUGCCAUGGAUGUUAGCUGAAAAAGAGGACUGGGUCCCGCGUAAGUUAGCUCCAUUCAUAUGGAUUAGUCAAGAACCACGAAGCACUGAUAAUGCAGAUGAAGCUACUCCCGAAACAGCAAGCAGAAGUCUAGAAGGAACCCAUGAAGGACCACCUGAGAACACCAUGUCAUCUUGGGAAAAACCAAAUGAUUCUCUGGACACACAGUCUUCAUCAUCAUCAGCUCCUCUUAAGAUUGGCAAUCCAGAUAAAGAAUUGCGGGUCCCACUAUUGAGUUGUGAAGAACAGGUAGCAAGUCAUCACAGUAAAAGCGCAGAGGAGGAGGUAGGACAGAACUAUGUAUGUGAAGAGGACGAGAAGAAGAUGAGAAAACUGGGUAGUACAAAAGCAAGGAUGAUUGGUUUGAGCAAGAAGAUGUCGGAGAAAAUUGAUGAGAAGAGGCGACAUAUUGAAGAGAAGGGAAGAAACAUUGUUGAAAGGAUGAGAGGAGGGCAACAACAGUGAUGACCAUGAAAAUCUGACCCCCCCCACUCCCUUAGAAUAUCUUUUUACUUGUAAAUGGAAUUACUACAAGCUGGCCUGCACAUCUCAUAUUCCAUUCAUUAACUGAUUAGUGUAAUUGUGUAAAUCUGAUUGUAGAAGUUGGUCCAUGCUCCAUUUGAUUUGUACGUCAAUGUCUUGCAUAUAAUGAUUUC